CCCAUUCUUUAAUUUUUCAUUUCAAUUUUUCUUUUACUCUUUAUGUCAGCUAUUGAAAUAUACAACUAGCCUAUAAUCAUCAAUUUUAUUCCAUGCAAACUGCUAGAUCCAUCUCAAACAAUGGCAAGUUAUCGGGGAGAACCGUCCGAUCCAAUGGCAUGUGCUUCAGCUGAACUUGACCUGCCCAACCCUGGUCUUCUUACAUUUCGAAAGCUGGCAAUCAACAAGGGACAAAUCACCAGAGUAGAAGAAAAGACGAUGAAAUCUACCAUUCAAACCCAAGACGAUAUCCUUGACAGUAAAAUUUACAGUGAACAGUUCUGCAAUGCUGCCCGAAAUGUCAAAGGUGUGAUGCUCUACCACUCCAAAAAAAAAGGUGAGGCAAUCAAGGUAUGGGAAGAAACAUUAGCAUCAGAUAAAACCAAUCUGAAUGCACUAAAGGACAUAACACUUGCAUACCAAAAACUAGGCUACAACCCCGAGGUACAGAAGUAUGAAGCACAGCUGAGGAACACGAUACGAGAUGCAAGACCUGAUGAGAAGCGGAUGAUGUUUGCUAGGUGCCAGGCUGAACAGGGCUAUGCUCUAUUUCAAGAUCUGCGUACACAAUCCUGGAAAGGGAUCGACCUGCGUCAAGAACAAGUUAAUUGCUAUGAGGCGGCGCUUAAAAUGGCAGAGGGUCUCAUAGGCCAGAAGGAGAAGAGAGAUUGGCUUCUGUACACUGGUAAGGCAUAUGAAAAGCUUUGUCAUGUUUCUUACAGGGCUAGUAGAGACGAUCUAUACAUGGAUUCCAUAGGGAAGGCAAUAGAAAUUUUACAUGAAGCCCUCCAAAUGUCUGAUAAAAAUGCGCUGUACCAGGCAGAGAUAUGGCUCACGAUUGGGACCAUGUUUGAUCGAGAUAUGAGGUGUGUAGCAUUUGAUAUCCCUCAACUUGUUGAACAAUGCUACAAAGAAUGCUGGGAAGAUCCAAUGAUUUGCUUCAAAAAGGCUUUAGAAUUCAAUCCCGACAAUCACAACAAUCUGUGGCUUUUGGGUCGUAUAGGAAUUUGCCUCUACAAGCAGCAAAAUUAUGACGGUGCCCUGAAAUGGUUAAAUCAAUGCAUUCAUGCUACUGACAAACUUCCACCUGAGGACCCACAGAGAAAUUCAUCCUGGAAUGCUCUGUACCAUAGAGCCAAGAUAUACAUCAAGGAGGCCAAAAGGUAUGGCACUCAAAGAAAGCCUGCCCAAUCCCACUCGUUUCUUGAGAAAGCACAACUGGAUGCAAACAGAGCAUUGGAAUUAAGGCAAUCCCCCAUGAAUAUUGCGUUGGCAGGUGAAGUUAACCAUAUGCUCGCCAAGAAUCGACUGACCCCACAGAAAGAGGUUGAUCAUCUCAGAAAUAUAGCUCUUAAUAGAUUCUAUGAGGCAUCAGUCACACAGGAUGGUUCUACUUCCUCAGACGUCCAUCUCAAAAGGGCAGAGUGUCUUCAAGAUGGGGAAGACCUGCAAUCAGCAAUUGAGUCAUUCAAAAUUGCUUUUGACACUAUAGGCACUGGGGCAGACUUUCGUGAUUCACUAGCGUCAAAACUGUUGAAUGCCAUGUUACAAUACUACAAAGGCAGUCCACAGCAUUUGUUUGGGGAAGUUGCAUUCUGGUUCAUCUACACCCAUAAAUCCUGGCAAGCUCCACAGAAGUACAUCAAAAUGCUUUACGUGGAAUAUGCUACUGAGAUCUUGGAUAUACUGGAAUACAGCAGCCGACAUGUUUCUGACGAGUCAACCACAGUACAAAAUAUGGUAGAAUCUUUCAAACAAGUCAUGCAUGAAAGAAACAUAGGAGAUGAGAACUUCAAAAUCAGAUUGAGCAACCUUGGCGAGAAGAGGGACCUCAGUCUUUCUCAAAGGCAAGAGCCUGUACCAACAGCAAUUCAAGAGGAUGAUAUACCUAAUGUUCACCCACUGACAUCGGGUGUAGACUUUGACUUCUACAUCCUUCAUGACGGAAACAACCCUGAGAUAAAAGGCUGGAUAAGGUAUGCACUGCUAAAGGGUCUUGAAUGGAAGUUCUAUGCCUUAAAAGGGUACUAUCAUCAGAGAGACUCAAGAUUUGGAGCAUUUCCAUAUGAAUCAGAGGCUGAGGCAAUGGAGAAAUCGGCCAAGAUUCUCAUUGUCUUAAGCCACGGCUUUGACGGUAACAAAAAUCUAACAACGGAAAUAGCCCAGGGUUUGCAUGCUAAAAACACAGAAAAUGUCAUUCUCCUCCAGAGAGAGCAAGUGGAAGUGCCUACCAAGCUAAGAUGUUACAAGAAGUUUGAUUUCACUGUGCAAGUGGACCUUCCACAAUUGGUGAGGUACCUACUGCCAGUACGUCCUCUAUGCGACAUCUAAGAAAUGUCCUUGAACAAACUCUGUGACACUUUGUAAGAGACUGCAAUCCAAGCCUUACC